AUGUGUCUUGGUAGAAGAUUUAGAAAGCUUAAAAUAGCAGCUAUUAUCUUUGUUGUGGUUGUUUGUUCGAUAAAGAUCUACAAACAAUACUCCAAAUUUCCAAAGAUCUCAGUUCCGUUUAUAAUACCAGAUACUUACGAUACACCAGUCCAUGAAUCGUUCGACAUCCAAAAGGCAGUAAUCACCUAUAACGAGAACGAUCUGAAGAGAUGGUUUCGCAGAGCUAUCGAGAAACCAGUGGAAGGUCCGGGCGAGAUGGGGACACCCGUGGACUUGCUCGACUUGCAGGACUUUGCGCAACGCGAAAUGUUCAAACUGAACGAGUUCAAUCUCAUGGCGAGCAACAUGAUCUCGCUGAAUCGAACUCUCGGCGAUCAAAGGCACCCGAAGUGCUCGGAAAUGUGGUACUCGCUUCUGUUGCCGGACACCAGUGUCAUCAUAGUCUUCCACAACGAGGCUUGGAGCACGCUGAUGCGCACCGUUUGGUCGGUCAUCAAUCGAUCGCCACGGGCUCUGCUCAAGGAGAUCAUCCUCGUCGACGACGCCAGCGAUCGAGUGCAUCUUCAGAAGGACCUCGAAGAUUACCUUAAAACAUUACCAGUUCCAACCUUCGUUCACCGGUUUAGAAAGCGAUCAGGUCUCAUAAGAGCUAGACUUUUAGGUGCCAAAUAUGCUCGAGGACAAGUAUUGACCUUUUUAGAUUCUCAUUGCGAGUGUACGUUUGGAUGGUUAGAGCCUCUGCUUCACCAGGUUUUUCUAAAUAGAAAAACAGUCGCAUCUCCAGUUAUAGAUAUCAUAAGUGACAAGACAUUUGAAUUUCAAAAAGUUGGCGCAGGAACUCGCGGCGGCUACGACUGGUUCAUUAAAUUUGAUUGGCAUCUGAGGCCCGAAAAAACACUUUUAGAUGGAGCAAAAAGUAUUGAUCCUGCAUACCACCCGUACAGAACACCAACCAUAGCUGGAGGUUUAUUCUCAAUAGAUAAACGUUUCUUUUAUGAAGUAGGAUCCUACGACGAAGGCAUGGAAAUUUGGGGUGGCGAAAAUCUUGAAAUGAGCUUUCGGAUUUGGAUGUGUCACGGAUCACUGGUAAUAGUACCGUGUUCUCGAGUCGGACACGUUUAUCGCGAUAACACUCCGUACUCAUUUCCUGCGAACGACGCAGCAACUACCAUCGAUCGAAAUCAUGCCCGCACGGCUGAGGUUUGGAUGGAUGGCUGGAAAACAUUUUUCUACGCCGUUAAUCCAGGAGCGAAAAAUGUAAACGUUGGAGACCUAUCUGAACGCUUUGCCUUGAAAAAGCGAAAUAAAUGCCAAAGUUUCGAGUGGUAUUUGAAAAAAAUUUAUCCUGAAUCUCCUAUUCCCAAAGGUACAUAUAUGGUCACUCGAGUUAUGAGUCAAAAGAAUACCAACACAAGGACUCCCCAACUGUGCCUACGUUUUAGUGAAGAACCUGAUGAUCCACUCAUAGCUCCCUGCAAUUACCUCGAUGCGUAUCAAGUGUUUGUUCUUAUGCUGCAUGGACAAAUUGGUCGCAAUGGCUAUUGCUUGGAUGGAAAGAAUGGUAUCAUGUCUCCUGUGGAGAUGGUCGCUUGCAAUGAUGAAAGUGAAACUCAAUUAUGGAUUCUCAAUGAUGAGGACAAAAUGAUCAAACUAAAGGGACAAAACCUUUGCCUUACACUCAAAUUUCAAAGCAAUGGAAAAGCAGAAAUGAUUUUACAACAUUGCGAUCUCUUUUUGAGCAAUCAAAAGUGGUCCAUAGCGGAUUCGUUUUAG